CAAAAUGGAGUAUUUUUUAAAGAGUAAAUAAUAAAUUUUUAAUUUGAGACAUAAAAUAAUAAGUACUUUGUCAAGGAUAAAAUAUAUGUUAAGUCUUAAAAAUUUAGUUUUUAUUGAAGACAGACUCCGAAAUUAUCUGGGCCUAUGGUUAAACACACAAGAGGUGAGGAGACAUUAAAAAUGAUCAUAAUUAUCAUGAUGACAUUAUUAAACCAAGCAUAUUUCAAAAUACUGGUCUAUUUGUUUAUCAUGAUAGAAAACCUGCCUAGUUUUUGGUAAUAAUAUUAACUAAUUAUAGGUUGUCUUAGUUUAGAAAUUUAUUUUGGGGAAAAGUAAUAGACGUAGAAUAAGGAAUCGAAUCUGUUGUCGAAGAGAGAAGGUAGAAGGUGUUUCCAGAGAGUUCGUUUGUGGGUUGAAAUAGGUAGACUAGAUUGUUAGAUCAGAGUGCAUGAACAAGGAGUGAAGAAGGAGAUAGGAAUGUCAUACUUGUUACCACAUUUGCACUCUGGUUGGGCCGUUGAUCAGUGUAUUCUCUCAGAAGAAGAACGAGUUGUCGUCAUUCGCUUCGGCCACGAUUGGGAUGACACCUGCAUUCAGAUGGAUGAAGUGUUGGCAUCGGUUGCUGAAAAGAUUAAAAAUUUCGCUGUGAUUUAUGUUGUGGAUAUCAGCGAGGUGCCUGAUUUCAACACCAUGUACGAGUUGUAUGAUCCAUGCACUGUUAUGUUCUUUUUUAGGAACAAACAUAUCAUGAUAGACCUUGGAACCGGAAACAACAAUAAAAUCAACUGGGCUCUCAAAGACAAGCAAGAGUUCAUAGAUAUUGUCGAAACAGUCUACCGUGGAGCAAGGAAGGGACGCGGUCUUGUCAUUUCUCCUAAAGAUUACUCUACCAAGUAUCGCUACUGAGUUACAUUUAUGUCCCAUAUUCACGUUAAUGUUCAUUGCUUUGUAAUUCAUUUUUCAGCUUUUUAGAUACUCAAUGUUAAAGGACUAUCUUUGAUAUAUACUUUAGCAUUUUGUAUGAAAGAUCGACUCAAUAUUUCUUAGAUAUUU